AACGACCAAACAUUAUGUUACUUCAGCAGCAGCAGCAGCAGCAGCAACAACAACAACAACAAAUACAACAGCGUCAAUAUCAACAACAACAUCAUCAACAGAAUCAGCAGCAACAACAGUUAGCAGCUGCACGACAAAGGCAACGUAUACAACAACAACAGCAACAAAUGAUGCAACAAAUAAGACGUCCUAUGACAAAUCCUCCGCCUGCACAGAACCUUCAUCAACGUUCUUCACAUCAAAAACAAAGCGCUGAACCCGUUAAAAAGCCAGCAUCGACUGUCGCUAAACCUUAUGAGCCUGCGCCAGAUCUUACAGAUGUUCAAAAACAAUAUUUAGAACAAUAUGUUAGGAGAGAUACGCUCUAUCAAAAAGCUUUAGAUCUUCAGCAUAAAAGGCAAAUGAAUAUUAUAAGUGAAAAACGUAAAGAAAUAACCCAGGCUGAACUAAGACACCAAACACGACAAUCAACACUCCUGUUUGGUCCAGGUUAUGAAGGUUACGGAAAUGGCAUUACUGGAACCAAAUUUAGGAUAGUUUAUCCUCACGAUAGGAAGAGACCUAAAAAGACUAAAGAAUUUAAAUUUUCUCUUCAGCAAUUACGAGAAAUAGCUGAAAAAGAAGAUCUUUUAGUUCCAAUAAGAUUGGAAAUUGAUGGGGCGGAUGGUUAUAAAUUACGAGAUACUUUCACCUGGAAUAUAAAUGAAACGCUUAUUACUCCCGAGCAUUUUGCAGAAGUUCUCUGCGAUGACUUACAUUUCCCUGUAGCAACUUUUGUACCAGCAAUUGUUAAACAAAUACGCGAACAAUUGCAAGGAUAUAUCUCACAUCCUUUAUCUUCAUUGGAUCAAUUUUCGACCUCCCCAAUACUCCCUUCAUUAUCUAAUCCUUCUGAAGAUCCGGAUAUAAAGGAAGAGGCUGAUAACGAAAAUAUAUUAAGUAAUUCUGAAGAGUCAAAUAUUCACGAAGAAUUAAGAAUUUUAAUAAAGAUUGAUGUCACAAUCGGCAACAUCUCGUUAGUAGAUCAGUUUGAAUGGGAUGUUAAUUGUCAGAAAAAUGACCCAGAACUUUUUGCAGAAAUUUUGACAGCAGAAUUAGGUUUAGGAGGCGAAUUCAGCCUUUUACCUCCUGUAACUAAUAUAAUCCGAAAAGAGGAUACAGUUGACCAACAUACUCCAAUUCUCGUAGAACUCACAGAAGCGGAGAUUGAUAAAAUUGAAAAGGACCGGGAGAGAGAUGCUAGACGUAAACGCCGACAAACUCGUGGAAGGCGUGGCGUUAUUUUGCCGGAUAGAGAACCUCCUAAGACACACAGAACCUUACUCCAUAGCACGACUAUUAUUCCUGAUCCCACGGAUGAAAGUGGUUUUAUUACCUUAAUUUCAUCUGGGAUGCCACCGGUCAUGCGUAAGGCGAGCUCUAUGGGGUAUGACAAUUAUUCUGCUAUUUCUGAAAAAGUUCCCACACCUGGUAAAGUUCGCGGACGUGGACGUACAGCUGGGAGUGGCCUACGUAGUAUUAUAAGCGUAAACUCUCCAGAUAUUACCGAUUUAAAUAAUACUGGAAGAUCUGGCUCAGUUGGUCCGAGUUCACAAGGAAGAGAGUCGAGAGAUAGUUUAAAAAAAUCAAGUCGACGUACGGGUAAAGAAUCAGAAGAAUGGCAUUGUGAUGGUUGCGGAUGUCCACAAACGGCGACACCGCUGUUACGUAAAGGGCCUAACGGAGAUAAGACACUAUGUAACGCGUGCGGUAAGUCCCUGGAUACAAUGAAUAGUUGGAAUCACCCAAAAGGCCUCUACUUUCAAAAGAACAAUACUCUACGACCAAUUUCCCAAACUACGAAUGAGGACGAGCUCGGUCUAAUAAAGCAAGAAACCAACCAAUCGAUGGAUAAACCACUUCAACCUUCACAAGACAAUCUUUCAACACCAAAUCAACCGUUCGAUUUUACAAUCAAUGAUAAACAACCUAAUACACUGAAUGAACAAAAUUUAGUUUCUAAGCAACAAUUUGAAACAAGAGAAAAUCAAAAUUUAGCACAUUCUCCAGUAACUUCUGCUAAAUCGCCUGUAACCACUCCUAACACACCAUCAAACAAAUCUGUCUUUCCGGAAUGGAUAAUUCAGCAACGUGAACAGUUGCAGCAGAAAUAUCCCCGUGAUCGUUUCGAAAUUGUUCAAAAAUCUGAAAAUUUCCGAAUUAAAUGUUCCGAUUGCCCGGGUAGGCUAUAUCAACCUGGACCUGGAUUGUCAUUGGAAAAUUUUGAAAUCCAUUUAAAGAAUAGAGAUCACCGCUUCAAUGUAGAAAAACGUCUAAACCCAGAUUGGACUUCUCACGUGGCCGAAACUAGUGGUUCUGUUAUCGAUAAUGGUGGUACUAUUCCAGGUACUAUUGACGCUAGUGAAUUUUCAUCUCCCGUUUCAGGUACUGGUGAUCCAUUCACUAGUAUUAAUACCAAUAAUAGAACCAUUGGCUUAGCUGAAGGACCUAUCACUUCAAAUACUCCAAUGAGAUCUGAUUUUUCAAGAUUACAUUCAUCAAGUUCACAAUCCUUGGAGAUGCCAGGAACAGAAAGUGCGAGGUCUAGUAGAGGAGGUAUGGAAAUAACUAGCAGUAUAAAUGAUGUUAAUAGUCCAGGGUAUGAGGUGGCUGCUGUAGAAGUCUUCAUCGAUAACAGUAAUGGUAUUCCUCACACCUAAAAUAGAAGCUUUUUCCUCAAAAUCAAAAGGUCCCUUAUGAAAUUGAUGCUUUCAAAUUGGAACAAGCCACAAAGGUAAUUGGAUUAUUUUUGUACCAACAAAAAAAAAAAAGAUUAUUUAUUUAAUUAGCUUUUAUUUUUCCUUACAUCAAUUUCUUUGUAUAAAAGUACAGUAUAUAUAUAUU